GCAAUAAAAUGCAGCAUUUCCUCCGGAGCCUGAUAGUCACAACAAGAGGAGGAAGAGGAAAAACGACAGCUUUGGAUCGUCGUCGACUGCCUUGCGUGACAACAUAAGGAUCGCGUUCAGGCUUCGGGUUCGCCCUAUUACAGCUGCAACAUGUCUGACUUAUUAAGAUAUAUCGACUAUGACCAUAAAGCCACCUUCUUGAAGAUGCUCAACCAACAGAGGAUGGAAGGUGAGCAUUGUGAUGUAGUGGUGGUGGUGGAGAACAUUGAGUUCAGGGCCCACCGCUGCGUUCUGGCGGCCUGCAGCAAUUAUUUCAAGAAACUCUUCAAGAAGCAGAGCGACGAGGAUAACUCCAUCGUGGAGCUGGACUUCAUCCGCUCGGACAUCUUCGAGGAGGUGCUCAACUACAUGUACACGGCGCGGUUGGCCGUGCGCAAGAAGGACAUCAACAUGAUGAUGUCGUCCGGGCAGAUCCUGGGCAUCAACUUCCUGGACAACCUGUGCACCCAGAAGCGCGAGCUGACCAACAUGAAGACACGGGAGAACCAGGCGCCGGGCGACCACGGCAUGCGCGCCCAGGACGCCAUCCUGAAGGAGCUAGCCAUGGAGGAAGUGCGCAAGAACAGCUUCUACGACCAGGGAAUGGACGGCAUGGGCGCCGGGGGCUCCCACGUCUCCCAGCCCCACAACUACAGCACCAGCAUGGGCAAGGACCAGCACGGCCACGGCUGGGGCUCGUCCUCCUCCAGCGACAUGAAGCUGGAGUACCUCCUGUACGGCCACCGCGACCACGGCUCCUGCCAGGCGACGGGGGCCAAGCCGCUGGACCACAACGCCAAGAAGGAGCGCCUGCUCACCGCCAACCGGCCGUACGGCUGCGAGCACUGCCCCAAGGCCUUCACCACGGCGGCGCACCUCAAGGAGCACCUGAAGAUCCACUCGGGCUUCAAGCCGCACCGCUGCGUGGUGUGCGGCAAGGCCUUCAUCCGGGGGCCCGACCUGAAGCGGCACGAGCGCGUCCACAGCAACGAGAGGCCCUUCGGCUGCCAGAUCUGCGAGAAGGCCUUCAAGCACAAGUCGCACCUGAAGGACCACGAGCGGCAGCAUCGCGGCGAGCGGCCCUUCAACUGCGGCUCGUGCGACAAGGCCUUCAUCAAGGCGUCGGAUCUGAAGCGCCACUGGAACACCAUGCACAGCGGGAACCCCCGCCGGCAGAUGUCCCUGUCCCCCGCCACCUCCCAGCAGGCGGGCCAGCCCGACGCCACCGGCGACCAGAGAGACUGGAAAAUGGAGACGGGGCCCCACUCGCAUAACUCGGGGGACUGUUGAGAGCGAGCGAGCGAGAGAGAGAGAGAGAAAAUUUAAAGCCCCAGCCACGGCCAGGGACAUGAGCGAUUUUUCCUUUUUCGGGGGCCCCCAAUCGGGAAACACAAACACACACAAAAUUUAGACACUGAUGUACACCCACACAUACACACACACACAAACGCGCGCACACACACAUGUAGAGACAGACGUAGACACGUACGCCAUAUACGCCAGGUGCUCAAAUGUAAACUUGAGUAUUUGUAUACAUGUGUACACAAUGCAAAUACACAUGCAGCCCUGUGAUUGGCCGAGGAGCCACGUGUACCACGGACUACGAUGGGAGGAACGGCGCUAAGGCCGGUCCACGAGGCUGUGGGGGCUGUAUUAUCCUAAAGAAAUAUGUCAACGACAAAAAAAAAAAGAUGUUCUUUUCCGCCUGUAAAAUCAUGUAAAUGUUUAGUUCACUCUACUUAUACGUAUAUUUUUCACAAAGCAUUGUUGCUAUUCUAGAGACUGGGGAGUUCUCAUAACAUUAUUCUUUUUAUUUUUUGUUUAUUUUAUUUUUUUUGCUUUUUAUGGGAUAUGUAUAACAUUUUUAAGUGUUUCGUUUAACCUUUUACUGGAUUAUCGACAAAGGCUAUAGAGGCAGUCAGAUGAGACGGGCGACAAAAAAAUAAAAGAGGAUUUUCUUUCUGCAUAACAUUUGUUGCGUUGCGUAUAUUCCCGUGGAUGUUUUAAUGGAUGUGUUUAGUUGUGUUGGUUGAUUGAUAUUGACACUGUAAGAGUAAAGCGUUGACUUUUUUUGCAUUUUUCGGAAAGAAAAAAAGAAACAAACAAACAGACGAUACCAAAGUCUUGGGCCCCCCCCCUAUCCCCCCUAUCCCCCCCUCCUUGCAGAGGAGGACCUCACAAGGCUGUCCAGUCCCAAGCAUCGCCCGGCCCACUAGAUUUACUGUUAUACAGUACAACCACUGUCAUCCUGCGAUCAACCGUCUAAUGAUAGGUGUCUGUAUAUACUGUAGCUUAGUUUGUUGCACAACUAUAAGAGUACACCGUAAUGGAAUAUGCACAUAUUAACAUUGUUCUACCCCCCCCCCCCCCCCUCCUAUCUACACUUUGACAAUAAACACCAUUUGCUGCGUUGUA